AUGAAGUACGAAGAAGAAGCGGAAUAUCAAAGGUCAUCACAUUGUCCUACCAGAACAGGUAUGCAUUCUUUCAUUUCUUUGUCAUUUGUAAUGACUUUGUUCAUGUAAUUGAUGAACGAUACACACUUGGACUUCCUUUAAACUGCUGAUCUCCACAAGUUGGCCUUGGUGAUAGAGUAAAGGAAUACCGAAUGGUUUUCCAUGCAAGAUUGCGUGAUCCAUGUACGCGGGAAGUUGCAAGACUUUCGGAAAGCGUACACGAGCCGUAGGCGAAAAAAUACAUGAAUACACGAGCCGUAGGCGAGUGUAUUUUUACACUUUCCGAAAGUUGAGCAACAUCCCAAGUGCAUGGAUCAUGCUAUCCUGCACGGGAAAACCAUUUGGUAAUUGUUUUAUAAAAUUACUACAGUGAAACAACGCUUAACUUGAUUAAAAUUACUGCUGAAAUGUGCAGUUCUCACAACAUUCGUGAAUUAACCAAUCAGAGAAUCUCUACUCCACGCUAUUGAAAACAACAACAUAUGUGAACAGAAUUUGAAUCAUUUGAUCGCAAACUCGCAAAAAUAUACAGCGAAAAUACAGGGACUUUUUCAAUAAAAUAUAUGAAAUUUGAAAUGGAAAACCCGCUAAACAGAGAGCCAAAGUCGUUUUGAAGAUUCUCAACCUGAAUAUGUGAAGAUUGCGAAGCGUUUGAUGAACUUUGAAGCGAGAGAUGUUGUACUUGCCAUGGUCUGAUGAAUUUCAACGCUACGCGUUGCUACUUGCUUGAACAGCAAUGUAUCAAUCACAAAUUUAUUCAUACAACUAAACCAACGUCUCAAUAAUUGCAAACUUACUUCAAAGUCGAAAGGUGUCGUACAAUGAAACUUUACAAUGCAAGUAUAUUUGUAAAAUUAUGUGCAAGAAUUUCUGUUCAGAAUUUCCCGUGCAGGAUUGUCUGAUCCUACACAGCUGUUGACCAACCAAAUUGCAUGUUUCACUGUAGUUAUUAUAUAAUACUCUUCCCCCCCCCCCCCUGCUGGCAGAGCCUAUUUUACUUUGCAAGUUCGUAAAAGGAGGCUCUGCUGAAUUCGCGACAGUGCUUUAUUGAGCAUGCACAUCCGACAAUCUAUGAUCACUCUCCGAGACCCAAGUUAAAAAUGGCGCGAAUCGAUACAAUGAGCACGACAAAUUACAGUACAACACGCAAUGACUUCACACUGAGUUACUCCGGAUAAUAACUGCAAGAUAUUCACAGAAUACGAUCAGAAUCAGACGCCCAUUAAAUUGGGAAAACGAUUAUCACGACUAAAAGAGAAAGAUUUAAACUGUCUUUGUUGUGGCAUAAGCUUGUAUGGAGCUGGUAGUACGUUCAAUACAAGAACACAUGAUGGCUUGGCCGAAAAGAUAUCCAAGUUGCUUCAACUAAAUGUAGAUUUCAAUAGAAAGUCGAUUAGGGUGUGUAAAACAUGUUUUCGACAUGUGGAUUCUUUAGAUAAAAGAGCAUGUGUGUUAGCUGCCGAUUUGGAAGAGUUCAAACGCAAAUAUAAUACAACUGAGCAAUUGGAUAUAGAUAAUGUGGGAUAUUUACAUCAAGAAACAACAUAUGUCAAAAGGAUGUCAAAAGAGACCAAGUCACCCUCCAGAAGAAAACGGUGUCGGUUGAGCAUGUGCGAUAGGCAGUCCAGCGACUCUGUUGAAAGCAAAGUUACAAUAAACAAUGUUGGGGAAUUCUCUGUCAAGGUAUGAUUUGUAAAACGCUAAAUUUAUUAAUUCUAAAUAUAUCCUCCAAACCUAGAGCCAUUUCAUUUUGAUAUAUACGUUAUUUUAUAUGGUAAUAUAUUCCAGACCCAGGAUAAAAGUGUUUGUGUUGUUUACAAAUCGCAAUUUUGCUUUGCUUAUAUAAAUUAUACAGUAAUAAGGCUUGUACUAUUUACAACAUGAACGGCCGUGUUGUAUCAGAAAUACAAACUCGAGCCGAAGGCGAGAGUUUGUAUAUCUGAUACAACACGGACGCAAAUGUUGUAAAUGACUUAAAAAACGACUCAUCUUAUGAGUUCAUUGGCAAAGUAAUUUUAAAAAUAAACGUUGUCUAAGCCGAGAAAAUCAAAGUUAAAGUUUAUGUAAAUCAACAUGAAUCUCUAUCACAUAUACAGAUACGACACGCUUAUGAUUUUUCUUUGUGUUUUCUUCACGAAUUAUUAAUGAGUUUUUUAAUAGUAUUUACUUCAUUUCUUGAAAACAGUUCUAAAUAUAAUUUGCAACUGGAUGCACUCUAAAUAUUUAAAGUUCUAUUUAUUCCUUACAGAACAGUAUGCAAAUGAGUUUGUAUAUUAUGUUUAUAAUUAUUUACUGGAUAUAUAUACCUUUACAUUUCAUGGUACUACUUCUGCGACUAUUAAAAUAUUGAAUAGAAUUAUUUAUUGAACUUAAAUGGAAAAAGGCUUACAUGUUAUAUACAUUUCCCACUGGACCAUACAUAAAUUAUGAUGAUUACACUGUGGGUACAUUAAGGAAAAUGGUGACCCAAGCUGUAAUGCUGGAUGGUAUGGAUAAUCUAUCAUACUAUACUAAGCAUAAAAUAAGGCAAAGAUAUAAAAUUUAAUUGUUAUCUAAUUUAGAAGUAUAUAACUAACUCGGUCUAGUCUAAUGUUAUGUACAUCUUUACAGGUCGUAAACUUCCAUACUGGAAAAAAUGGGAAAGAAGCCAAACUGGUGGUCGAGCAAUGCUGAGUAUAGAAAUCAGACCUGGCAAAUUCGGAAGAUAAGAAUGCGUGACCAGGGCCGUUGCGAGGCCUUUGGGAGGGGGGGGGGGGAAGGUUAGAUUUACCGCCUGAAUUGUUUCAAUUCACCUGAUUUUGCGACACCAGCGAGGCGCUGUCAUAGUUUGUGCCAAGCAAAAAAUUUUGAAAAUUUGAAUUCUCUAGACUGUCAGAAAUAGCAUUUUUAGAGUCUUUCCUACUGCCUAACAAUGAAGUAAGUAAAAUAACUACUGAUCAAUAUGACAGUGUUACUUACAGUUUAAUGUGACAAGGAAAAUUGAGAAAAUUUUGGAAAUUUUGAGUCUCCAGAUUGUCAGAAAGCGUAUUUGGCCAUGUACCCCCAGGCCACGAUGCGUCUGAACGUCUUUAUUUAGUUGGUCGAUUGUUAACUCUAAUUCUACGUUCGCACACAGCGUUGUCAAUGAGUUAUUGUACGAAAAGUGGGAUAGCGUCAUUUAAUGGUAAAAAUGCGCAACUUUAAGAUCAUUUUAGUUAUGUGUGCGGGACAGUGGGGACAAAAGCAGAAUGCGUAACUUUCACGCGAAAUUGCGGGAACCUUGGCAGGUGUGAGAAAUGUGAACUGGGGGUAAAAUAAGCCAAGGUUGAAUGAACUUGUACAAAUAAUGCAAGCAUUUAAAGGGGAAGUCAGAGUUCAGAACAACUUAGGCUGAUAUGAAAGAUCAUAUAAUGCUUACCUCUCACACAAAGUCCCACAUGUCCAAGUUAUAACCAAGUCGAGAAAUAAAGCGAUAAAUGUGCUAAAAUUUACAUAUAACGCAGCCGCCAUUUUGUACAUCAAAGCGAAGCUGCGAUCACUCAGCGGUUUUACCUUGUGACGUCAUUGCGCGGUUGGUUUUCCACGGCAGACAGGCUUUAGUACUUUAAUUUUCUGAUAUACAUGUAAACAAAGACGAAAUAGUAUUUAUAAAUUUAAGAGAAAUACUGUAUCAAGAGAAAUGGAUAUUGAUUACUCAAACGAAUCUUCGAGCGAUGGUUCUGGAAGCAGUGGAUCGAGUUAUAGCGAAGAUAUGAACGUCGAAAGAGACGUAAACAUGAUUCAACCUUACGCGUUUGAACCGGUUGAAACAGACUGGAGCGGUGACCAUGAAGACUCGGAAGAAAUGGCUUCGGAAUCUUCGUCAAGUUCUGACAAAACCACCAGACUUCAGGACACGAACUGGUAA